AUGGUCGCCGACAGCUCCACCACCAAGGAGGAGCUCGAGCGCGAGGCCGCGGAUCACGAGUACGCCCAGGACGCCUUAUCCGAGGUGCAGGGAAGGGUGCGCAGGGAGUACGCGGACAAGGGGUUCGUCGCGGUGGACGACGACAUGAUCGCCGAGAGGCUCGAACUGGAGCAGCAUUUCAAGGAAACGUGGUCGGCGAUGUUCGCUGAGCUCGGUCUGGAUGAUACUAUGUUCGCCGGAGAGUGA